GGGUAUUCAUCUAAUAUCUCGCAUAGUGUCAACCUCAAAGAUCACAAGAUUUCGGGCUUAAAGAGUCAUGAUUGUCAUGUCAUAUUACAAAACUUGCUUCCUCUCGCAAUUCGUGGUCUACUACCUAAAGCUGUUUAUGAACCACUUUUUGAGCUUUCCCUGUUUUUCAAUACUCUAUGUGCUAAAGUGUUGAAGGUUGAUGAUCUGGAAAAAAUUCAAGCUCAAAUUCCUAUAACCUUAUGCAAGCUGGAGAAGAUAUUCCCACCUUCUUUUUUUGAUAUCAUGGUGCAUUUGCCCAUUCAUUUAGCUCUUGAGGCACU